AUGUGGCCAAAGAUGCCUGGUCCCAGGACAGGUCUCUCCUCUCCGUCGGACGGAGGAAGGCAGGGUGCGACGGUAUCUUCCGCCGCAUCCACGACAUUACUAUGUGCUCAUCCCAACGAACCUUCGAAGCCGUGCUCCCCACAGCUGUCACCGAGUUUGGGGUUACCGCCAACACGCACAAUUUUUAUUAAAAAUGUGCCUCCAACUGUGGACAAUAGUCACAAACUACUUCCUUUUGUGCCCACUGAGGGACUUUUCUCCCUCCGGGUGAAACGCACUGGUGGCCGCGAUGUUGGGUUUGCAGAGUAUAAAACUCUGGAGUCUGCUCAACAAGCAAUGCAGUGGUUUUAUAGGCUGGAGGCCACGGCAGGCAUCGCAUUCAAUUGCUUCUCUCAGCUGCGGCACACCUGGACUCCAACUCCGCCAAGGUUUCGCUACCAGGUCCCGUACGGUGAGUACAACCUCUGCGCCGGGAAUUCCGCCCGCUCCACGGAGUUGCUUCUGAACAGCGUCAUCCUCAUGGCUGAGUGGUCCCUCAGUACCCCAACGUAUCGCCCAGGUUUUGAUCCUUUCGUUGCUUCUUCGCAACCCUCGCUGCCACCGUAUUAUCAUGAAUUUGCUCCGGCGACCACGGAGUGUACACCGCAAGAGUCAUUUCAAGUGUCACGCAUGGGAUUCAAUUCGUUUCCCGGGUGCCAUUCUGCGGGCUCCUAUGCAUACACGGGGAUGCCUCAAAGGGCACCUAGGCCAGCGGUUGCCUCCCAGGGCGUAGUUGCUAGGCGCUCUGAGAGGGGGUUCAUGACGGAGGGAAGAGUCGUGGAAGGCGGUGAAGCAGCGGCGGGGUGUGCACUGAGGAGUUGGGAGCCUCCGCAAGGCACGGCCUUAAUUGGAGGUCAUCAACGAGAAUUAAGAGUUGGACACUGUCAGCGUCAACGGGGUAAUGAGUCCUCGCUCGCACACGACACGUCUUGCUUGUCACCAGGUAAGGUCUUCCAAUGGGGGGUGCGUGAUUCUACUAUUGCGUCCGCGGUGCUGGAUGACAGGGAUCUCCCCAGCAGUACACUAUUUCUGCGGGUUACAGACAAUGAACAGCGGCAUCGCCUCAUGUCGGCACCGUCUUCGCUGAGCCUGGGUGCACCUUUGCGAGGUGAGGGAGAGAUUAUUGACGAGACGUCUGAAGGCUAUGAGGCCUCCCCAUGCUUGCAAUAUCGCAAUCGCUGGAGGCAGCGGGAUCAGCAAGGGUUGCAGCAACGGAGUUUCUCUGCCAGCAGGUGGUCGCGCCUUCACCACCGGCACCAAACUUGUUGUGUGAGACAAAACCCAUUGGGGACGCUGCUUGCUCACCAAAUGAUGGGUGCAACGAAUUUUGGUAACGCAGUACAGCCACCCAUCUCGGAUAAAGAAGAACCAUUCUGCAAUGAGUUUGUAGUUGAUGAGGCACCUAUGUCGCCGGUUUUACUGUCGCCGAUCACAAACUGCAAAGACGGUGACACUGAGGAUGCAAUUGCUAGGAUGGUUUUAAACUGCAAUUUCUUCUUGGAGCGCUUUGCUGGGGUUCGUUCCUAUGUACCGUACUCCGGGCGGGCCGGGUUUCUGCGGUUCGAGAGGCCUGGAGACGCGCGACGGUGUCUGCUGUGGCUGAGGCGGCAUCCGGAUUUGGCGCCUGUGCUUAACGUGCAGUUUGCGCGCGAGGACACGAGGCGGCGGCGUUCACAUAAGCGAAGAGCGAGGUGA